AUGUCAGAUGAACAACUAGAUCGAGCUUUGGAUCUUCUCCGUCGGCUCCCUCCCCAGAUUACCGCCAACACGGCGUUUGACACCUACCGGGACCUCUACUACGAAGGUGGAGUGUGCUCAUGCUAUUUUUGGAACACAGAGGGCGACGAUUUCGCGGCUGCUAUUCUAAUAAAGAAAACUGGUGAUGGGGUGCGAGGGGUACAUGGUUGCUGGGAUGCCAUACACGUGGUAGACGUCAAGAAUGAGAAGAAUCAGGCCACAUACAAGAUGACAUCAACCAUCAUGUUGUGGAUGAAGACCACUACCGACGGCUCUGGAGACAUGGACCUGGGCGGAAAUAUGACCAAAACGACUGAGGAGACCCUUCCAGUAAAUACUACGAAGCCACACAUAGCCAACAUUGGAACAAUGAUUGAGGACGUAGAGCUCCGCAUGCGCUACACCUUGAACGAUGUGUACUUUGGCAAGACAAAGGAUAUCUGCAAUGAUCUACGGUCAAUAUCGGCCCUUGCCGAUGUUGCUCACAAACGCAAGCUUCAGGAGAAAAUUGCGAGUCAAGUCACCGGCCGCGAGUAAUCUUCCAGUCGAAUCCUUUACAUUCACGCGCGAGACUUCUAGUAAUAAAUUGAAUUACCUAUAUGAUGGAACGGUCACCCAGAGCCCUCUGGUCCCCAGUACUACAAAGAGACAGAAACCACUGAAUUUACCACAACACCCCUUUAUCAUACGCUUGUUAAGUAUAAAAUUCACAUAUGCUGCUUUGGGGAACAUUGGUAGGAGGCCUUUCAAUUGGUUUUCUUUUGAAGCGCAGUGUCAAUAUGAA